CUGCUGCUUAUUGAAAAGCCGCAGCUUAGUGAUGUCAGCCUGCAACAGGAAGUGCUGGUACUCCAAGGGCGGACUGACAACUCAUGGGGCCCCACCGGGCAAUAGGGGAUUAUGGGGCCCCUGUGUCCUUGCCCAAACUCAAAAAAGCCUAUGAAAAAGGUACCAGGGGCAUCUCAUGGGGCCCCCUACUGACCCCGGGCCCUCGGGCAGUGCCCGAGCUUCCAAAUGGUCAGUCUGCCCCUGAUACUUUGCCAUCUCAGUGCAAGGUA